AUGGGUUUGAUUGAUAGAUUGAAGAGCAAAUUCGAACAGGUGCACAUUGAGGUACCCCACCACGACCAUAAACCCCCAAUUAAGGACGAGAGAAGGGACUCGGCGGCUGGCACGAUUAACAAGAAGGCGAUCUACAAGAACAGGUACAACUAUGCGGUCAAUCUGGGCUCUUUGUUUGUGUUGGAGUCGUGGAUCUACAACGAUGUGUUCGAGGCUGGCGGCAACAGUGAGUACGAAGCCGUGAACAACCUGGUCACGAAGCAGAGUUACGAUAGUGCAGUGGGAAAGCUUAGGGAACAUUACAACAAUUACAUGAACAAGAUCGAUUGGAAUUGGCUACAGCAUGAAGCUGGUGCUACCGCUCUAAGGGUGCCCAUCGGGUACUGGCACGUUGAUAACGGGAAACUCUUGGGUGAUUUACCGUUUUCUACGUUGGCGAACGUUUACGAGGCGGCAAGACCCUGGGACGUUUUGAAGGAUUUGAUUAGAAAGGCAGCGGAACAUAACAUUGGUAUUUUAAUCGACAUUCAUGGAUUGCCUGGGGGGGCCAAUGGCGACGCUCACAGUGGUAUACAGAACGGUACUCCAUCAUUUUUCGGAACGGAAAAGUAUGUGAACAAAGUUUGCAAUGACAUCAUUCCCUUUAUUGUGCGGGAUGUUUGUAUUGGUAACGACAACGUGAUCGGUUUGCAGGUUGUGAAUGAGGCAACGUUUAGCAACGAUGCCACGCAUGAAAAGGCGUACUACUUAAAGGCGUUUCAGAUUAUCCAUGAGAUCGACAACACUUUGCCCGUUGUGAUCUCUGAUGGCUGGUGGCCAGACCAAUGGGCAGACUGGGUCCAACAGAAUAACUUGCAGCAUCAGAUAGUUAUUGAUUCACACGUUUACCGUGCUUUCUCCGAGGAGGACAAGGCGAAGACUGCGGAUCAGAUUAUUGCUGACGUGCCCAGGACCGUUAACUUCCCUAGGGACAGAGCGGACUUUAUGGUAGGUGAGUUUUCCUGUGUUCUCUCUGAAGAGACAUGGCAAAAGACUCCAGGAAAUCGUGACGACCACGUGAGAGCGUUUGGUAACGUCUUGACUCAGCGGUUUGCGCAGGUAGCAAGCUGGGGGUGGUUCUUCUGGACUUUGCAAUUCCAGUGGGGUGACGGUGGGGAAUGGGGGUUUGUCCCAAUGAUAAACAAGGGCUGCAUCCCAAGGAACCCUGCUCGUAGUCUGGAAACUAACGAGGACGCCUUAGCCAAAAUGCUGGAGGAGAGCAGGGACGCGUUCGAGGGAGACAAACCAACAUUUGAGCACGCGUUCAAGAAGGCCAUUGCUGAUACCAAAACUUUCGACGAAUUUAACCACUCCCAAAUAGGAAGAUGGACCGCUUGGGUGAACCAACAGAAACAAAUACACGGGGGCGCCAAGAAAGAUGACUGGGCCAAGCUAUCCCCUGUGUGCCUUGGAAAAGAUUUAUACUUAGAUGCCCUUGCACAAUGGGGACAGUUAAAAUGGCUACGAAUUGACGUGUCUAUUUGCUAUCACUUGGAAAGUCAGUUGCUAAUAUAUAAGUGCACGUAG